CUAGUUCACCGAUUCUUUAAAUUUAUUAUAAAAAUAAACCGGCUAACCCGAAAUGGAAAAGACGAUUUUAACGACUAUAAUAAUUACUGGACCACCAGGUAUAGGUAAAACAACGCUGGUUCGCAAUAUCUGUUCAAAUCUGCAAAAUAAAGGGCACCUCAUCCAAGGAUUCUACACGGAAGAAGUUCGAAAUGCGGGAAUUGGCCAAAGAAUUGGAUUCGAUGUGGUUUCGCUGGAAGGAAAACGAGGAAUUCUUUCACGAGAGAAUCCUCCAGAUCAACUGCGUCGCCCGAAAGUGGGAAGGUAUUCGGUGUUUGUCCAUGACUUUGAGGAUCUCAUUUUGCCGCUGCUGAAUUUCAAGGACUGUCGGCCAGAACCAGAGCUCUUGGUUAUCGACGAAGUAGGCAAAAUGGAGCUGCUUAGCAAGCGUUUUGAGUCGGCCAUGGGUUAUGUAUUAAAGAACAAACUACCCGUAGUGGUCACCAUACCCGAAAAAACAAGCUUACCCUUGGUGGAGCAGCUUAAAAAAACACCAGGCUCUGUUCUCUUCCAGGUGACCAAAUCCAAUAGGAAUACUUUGGCAGCGAAAAUUAUUGAUCUGAUUACAACGUCGUUGCUUGUAACAAAAUAAA